CUUGUUGGAAAGCUUCCUUAGUUGCUAGUCUAAGUAGCUCAAUUAGUCCGUGGCGUAAGAACGUCACAGUCGCUUAUAGACUUGUAACCUGUAUAGAUCGCGGGCGAUGGCGAUGUCGCACUACGUAAGGUUAACCCUGACCGAUUCGAUGCGUGACUUACAUCGUAGAACAAUAUCAUUUGACUCGCAAUUUUUAUUAUAUCCUCGACAGCGAAAAUGGAUAUUUCUAGAUUUGCAUCGCUGUUCGAUAUUAUAAACAUUUUGUCAUCGUUGCAGAUGCAAUAACUACACUGUACGAUGAAGACCAAGUCUUGGUCAUGUCGACGCUUAUUGAAAUUAACGACAGUUUAUACUCGUUUGACGAGGACACUCGCGUUCCCGAUACAAUCGAGCGAAUUGAGGAAUCGACAGUGACGUAUAACGAUUUCUUCUCGAAAUAUCUAAUAUGUAAUAAACCAUGUAUCAUUAAUUCACAAGCAACUGAAAAUUGGCCGUGCAGACGCGACUGGGUAUUGAACGGUGCACCCAAUUUUGAAGUGCUCCGUACAUUGUUCGGGGAUACCGUUGUCCCGGUUGCCGAUUGUAAUAGGAAGUUUUAUAACUCGCAAUUCAAGGAUGACAUGCCCAUGAAAAGUUACUUGGAAUAUUGGAUCGAUUAUAAACGAAACAGUUAUGCGAAAUCUAUGCCUUUAUUAUAUCUAAAAGAUUGGCACUGUGUGAAAAACUUCCCCGAUAUUCCGAUUUACGAAGUACCUCGGUAUUUUGUAUCCGACUGGUUAAACGAAUAUUAUAUCGCUCACCCUAAACUAGAUGAUGAUUAUAUGUUUAUAUAUAUGGGGCCAAAAGAAACAUGGACUCCUUUACAUGCGGAUGUUUUUACAUCGUAUAGUUGGUCUGCAAAUAUAGUUGGAAGAAAGAGAUGGCUAUUUUUUCCUCCGCACGAGGAAGAUCGUCUUCGUGACCUUUAUGGGCAAUUAGCAUAUGAUGCAGUUUCGGAGGAUCUUAAUGAUCAUACAAAAUAUAAAACAUAUGAUAGUAAAAAGUUGAAAUGUUUUGAUAUAACUCAAGAAGCAGGAGAGAUUAUAUUUGUGCCAUCUGGAUGGCACCAUCAAGUUUGGAAUUUGGAAGAUACAAUUUCCAUUAAUCAUAAUUGGAUUAAUGGUUGCAAUAUAAGCAAUGUAUGGCAUGCAUUAAAAAAGGAGUUAAGAUCCGUUAUGAAAGAAGUUGAAGAUUGCAAGGAUAUGAAGAAUUGGAAUGAACAUUGCCAAUUGAUGCUUAAGGCCUCUUAUGGCAUGGAUUAUAAACAGUUUCUCGAGUUUAUAUCAUUUAUUGCUAAGAAUCGUUUACAUGCUAUGUUAAAGAAAGAUCAAGUUAUCAGUUUUCGCAAGUAUUAUUUUGGAUAUAAUCACUGUUUGUUUGAUUUGCGAGUACUGAAAAAUGUAUUGGACGAUAUUAUCACAGACGCGCAAGAUCUGUCUGUGUACAAUUUAAUAUGUGAAAAUGAUGAAGCACAACUUUUAUUGAAAACUGUUACUUCAUUUCUCGAGUCAUCUUGUAACAUCGAAAAUGUAACUUCUCCAUGAUCGCGCAAAGCUCAAUAAAUUAUUAACAAACGAAACAAAUUUGUUAACAGAGACAAAUUGUGAUUUUUGUUUUCAUAAACAUAGCACUUUUACUUGAUUGUUAUGAGAAACCAUGUCAUAUUUUUGUGUCUAAAAUUUUAUAAAUUUCCUCCCUUAACUUUAUUUAAAUUUUCUCUUAGAAGAUAACAUUUUGCAGGGUCAUAUUUUCUUAUCUUUGUACAAUAAGCAAAUUACAUUAGACACAUUAUCUAAUUAUUCACAAAUAAAAUGCAUCAGAGAAG